AUGAAUGUUUUAUAUAGUUUAUUUGUCAUACUUAUGUUAAAGAUUGUAAAAAAUAUACGUAUAAGAAAAAAAAUAAAUUUCUUAAAUAAUUCAUAUAAAAUAAAUAAAAAGGAAACAAUAAAUAUUAGUAGAAAUUAUAGAAAAAUAAGAAAUAGAAAUAGCAAGUUGCGUAUGUCAUUAUUUGAAGAAUAUGAUGAAAAAUGUAUUAAAGCUUUGAUUAUGGCUAGAGAAGUCGCUAAAAAUGAUGAUGAACAUGAAAUACUAUUAAAGCACCUUCUUAUAGCAAUAAUAAGGAUUGAUUCAGAUAUGAUUGAAAAUAUUUUAAAAUAUUUUAAUAUAUCUCUUACAAAAUUUUUAGAUAAAUUUAGUAAUAUGGAUAUAAGUGAAUCUCAGAAAGAAAAUAACAAAAAAGAGGGAUAUAACGAAAGUAUUUCUUAUAACUUAAUUCAAAAUAAUAAAGAUGAAAAUACAAAGAAAAAAGAUUCUCAACGGAACGUGGGAAUUACUAUGAGAGAGGAAAAUAUUGAAGAUAAAGAUCAUCAACAUUUAAACGAAAAAAUAAUAAGUGAUUUUAUUGAUAAACAUAUAAAAGACAUAGAACAUAACAUAAAUCUAUUAGAAAAUUCAAAUAAGGAAAAGAAGAGUACUACUUGUGCAACUGAUAGUAAUAUUGAUAACACUAUAAAUGACACUAAUAAUAAUCCCACUGAUAAUGUUAGCGAUAGUAUCACUGAUAAUAUCAAUGAUAAUACUACUGAUUACAUUAAUAAAAAUCAUGAUGAUAAUAUUAGUGAUUACAGUACUGAUAAUAUUAAUGAUAAUAGUAAUUAUAAGAAUAAUAUGAACUUAAGUGAUGAUAUAAAUCUAAAUAGUAAUAAAAAGGAUGAACAAAAGUCAUCUAAAGUAAAUUAUAAUAUAAAAUUUUCAGAAAUUUGCAAAUUAGUUCUUCAAAACGCUGUUAUAGAGGCAAAAAAAAAAAAAAAAAUGUUUGUUAAUAUCGUUGAUAUAUUAUUGUCCCUUGUAGACAUUGCACAAAAAAAGAAUAAUGAUUUUUUAAAAUAUUUAAAUGAGUUAAAUAUAAGUGUAGAUGAGUUUAAAAAUCAAAUAACAACUUACGAUGAAAAUAAUUUUGUUUCCCCGUUUAAUAAAAAUAUAAAUGAUACAAAUAAGAAUAUGCUAAACAACGAAUUUAAUAAUCAAAAAACAACACGCAACAUGAAUAAUGAACACCCAAAUCAAAUAAUAAAUAGCAUAAAUAGUGAAUAUCUUAAUCAAGCAAAGGAUUAUAGAAAUAAUGAUGAAAAUAAUUUUUCACCAAACAAUAAAUUAAUUAACUCCUCUCUUAUGAAAGACUGCUUAACUGAUAUGAUUCAAUUAGCGCAAGAAAAAGGAGAUGAACAUUUUUUCGGGAGAAAAAAAGAGAUAAAAAGAAUAAUAGAAAUACUAGGAAGAAAAAAAAAAUCGAAUCCAUUAUUAAUUGGGGAAAGUGGUGUAGGAAAAACAGCAAUAAUUGAGCACCUUUCUUAUUUAAUUUUAAAAAAUAAGAUACCUAAUCAUUUAAAAAAUUGCAGAAUUUUUCAGUUAAAUGUUGGUAAUAUAGUAGCUGGUACAAAGUAUAGAGGAGAAUUUGAAGAAAAAAUGAAAAUUUUAUUAUCUAAUAUGAAUAAAAAAAAAAAGAAUAUUUUAUUUAUUGAUGAAAUUCAUGUUAUUGUUGGUGCAGGAAGUGGGGAGGGAUCAUUGGAUGCAUCCAAUUUAUUAAAACCUUUUCUUUCUUCAGAUAAUUUACAGUGUAUAGGGACUACUACAUUUCAAGAAUAUUCCAAAUAUAUUGAAAAUGAUAAAGCUUUAAGAAGAAGAUUUAACUGUGUUACCGUAAAUCCACUUACACCUAAGGAAACAUAUUAUUUAUUAAAAAAAAUAAAAUAUAAUUAUGAGAUGUAUCAUAACAUUUAUUACACCAAUGAAUCAUUAAAAUCUAUUGUUAUGCUUUCUGAGGAUUAUUUACCUACAUUAAAUUUUCCCGACAAAGCAAUAGAUAUAUUAGAUGAAGCAGGAGCUUAUCAGAAAAUCAAAUAUGAAAAAUAUUUGAAACAGAAAUCAAACGAUAAAAUUUUGGCAGUAUCAAAAAUAUCUAUGAACAAAGAUGAGGAUAAUAUGGAAAAAAAGGAGGAUAAAGAAGAAAAUAAGGAAGAAAAUAAUAAUAAAAAAAAUAAUGAAGAAGGAUAUAUUAAAGAAGAAAUCAAUAAUGAAUUAAUGAGUAAAAAAGAAGAAUCAAAAGAAAAAAAUAAUGAUAAAAUAAAUAAAAUUGAAUAUUUUAACGAAGAAAGGAAUAAUGAAGCAAUGAAAUUGCUUGAGAAUGUGCAUAUGAAAUAUGUUACAUCAGACGUUAUAGAAAAUAUAGUAAGUAAAAAAUCUUCUAUUUCAUAUAUUAAAAAAAAUAAAAAAGAAGAGGAAAAAAUAUCAAAGUUAAAAGAGAAGUUAAAUAAAAUAAUUAUAGGGCAAGAAAAAGUAAUUGAUGUAUUAUCAAAAUAUUUAUUUAAAGCGAUUACAAAUAUCAAAGAUCCUAAUAAACCUAUUGGAACACUUUUAUUAUGUGGAUCAUCAGGAGUUGGGAAAACUUUAUGUGCUCAAGUUAUAUCAAAAUAUCUAUUUAAUGAUGACAACUUAAUUGUAAUAAAUAUGAGUGAAUAUAUUGACAAACAUUCAGUUAGCAAAUUAUUUGGUAGUUAUCCAGGUUAUGUAGGCUAUAAAGAAGGAGGAGAAUUAACCGAAAGUGUAAAAAAAAAACCUUUUUCUAUUAUUCUUUUUGAUGAAAUUGAAAAAGCACAUAAUGAAGUUUUACACGUUUUGUUACAAAUACUAGAUAAUGGUUUAUUAACAGAUUCUAAAGGAAAUAAAAUUUCUUUCAAGAAUACAUUUAUUUUUAUGACUACUAAUAUUGGGUCUGAUAUUAUAACGGAUUAUUUUAAAUUAUAUAAUAAAAAUUACUCAAAUUUAGGUUUUAAGUAUUAUUUAAAGAAGAAAAUAAACACAAAUUCUCCAAAUGAAGAAAAUAAAAAAGAUAAUAAAAGCAAUAUAAAUGAACCUAAUGAAGAAGAAAAGGAAAAAAACAAUAUAAACAAUAAAAAUAAUAAUAAUAAUAAUAAGAAUAUUGAUGAUUUUGAAGAAAAAUUGCGCAGUAAUAAGUGGUAUGAAGAGCUGGAACCUGAAAUAGAAGAAGAAUUAAAAAAACGAUUUUUGCCAGAAUUUUUAAAUAGAAUAGAUGAAAAAGUUAUAUUUCGUCAAUUUUUGAAAAGAGAUAUUAUUAGUAUCUUAGAAAACAUGAUUGAUGAUUUAAAAAAGAGAAUAAAAAAAAGAAAAAAUUUAAACUUAAUUAUUGAUAAAGAUGUAAUUAAUUAUAUUUGUAGCGACGAAAAUAAUAUAUAUGAUAUGAACUUUGGCGCUAGAUCAAUUAGAAGAGCUUUAUAUAAAUAUAUUGAAGAUCCAAUUGCUUCUUUUCUUAUUUCUAAUUUAUAUGAGCCUAAUGAUUCGAUUUCUUUAAACUUAUCUAACGAUAAGAAAAUAUAUGUCAAAUUAUUAAAAACUUCAAUUAAACAAAUUUCAUAA